UCUUCUUAUCUGUCUAUAUAUACAUAUCUUGCAGUCUUGAUUGUUUGUCUUCGAUCUAGUUUUGUGUUAAUAUUAACUAUUUCUCAGAACAGAAAAUAUGGGAGAGAGGCUGCGAUUGGCAACUGGAGUGAUGGGAAAUGCUGCUUCUUUGUUGCUUUACUCAACUCCCAUAUUGACUAUGUCAAGGAUCAUAAGGAAGAAAAGUACAGAAGAGUUUUCAUGCGUACCUUACAUCACUGCACUGCUCAACUGUCUCCUUUAUACUUGGUAUGGAUUGCCUGUUGUAAGCUGCGGCUGGGAAAACUUUCCAGUGGUUACCAUCAAUGGUCUAGGAAUUCUUCUCGAGUUCUCAUUCAUUCUCAUAUACUUAUGGUUUGCUUCACGUACAAGAAAGAUGAAGGUAAUUGCAAUUCUGAUACCACUUAUCGUCAUGUUCUUCAUUACUGUGAGCAUCUCAACCUUUGUUUUCCAUGAUCACCAUCAUCGAAAGGUAUUUGUUGGAAGUAUAGGGCUGGUGGCCUCUGUAAGCAUGUAUGGUUCUCCACUGGUAGUUGUGAAGCAAGUGAUUGCAACAAAGAGUGUAGAAUUCAUGCCAUUCUACUUGUCUUUCUUCUCAUUCCUCUCUAGUUCACUUUGGAUGGCAUACGGACUACUGGGACAUGAUCUCUUUCUUGCGUCGCCUAAUCUGGUUGGAAGCCCAUUAGGCAUAUUUCAACUACUGCUCUACUGCAAGUACAGGAAAAGGGCAAUGAAAACUAUGGGAACACCAAACGAAUGGGAUCUUGAAGAGAAUGAUGAAAAGUCUAAACAGAAGCAGAUUGUGAUUAGUGAAAGUGAAAAUGGAAAAAGUUGAAGAAAGCGUACCAAGGUUCAAAUAAAUUAAUCCUCCAUCCCUUUUUGUGCUUGUAUUGUCCAAUAGUUUAGGUCUCUAUAAGAAUAAUAGCUGUAUCUGAACCACCAUUAACUACAUAAUAGCGGAGGGUUAAAAUCUUAGAAUACUAGUCUGUCACCUCAUUUGUAUCAAUAACUACCAGAGGAAACAGUGAAUGCAGCUAAAAUGUAACUAAAGUCUUUGUUGUGAUAUAAAUUUCUUAUAGUGUC